AUGGUGGACCGCGUGGAUUGCGCGGGCCUGUACAUUGACGACCGAGUGCGGUCGGAGAGAUGGGUGCGCAGGAAUUCCAUCGAUACUUCAACCAUCUCGUGCGCGGGUUCCUUCGCGACACCCGAAGAACCGGAGGCCCUGCAAGCCGAUGUGGAGCAGCUAUUGUUGGUGUGCAAACAAGUCUAUCUCUGCCACAACGGUUCCUCCUUUGCAACGAAACUGGCCGAGCUCAGCGACCGGGCGGGUAGCGAAUGCAACCCGAUUUUCGCAUUCUUCGAGGUUGACUUCAGCGGCGAAGAGUCGAACUUGGCUCGUCGAAAAGCCAGUCGCGCUUCAUGGGCCGACAAUGCUCCUCCUUCGCCGGGCUCCAUCCACCGCACUUUCACGUUUUCAACGCAGUCCGACGAAGCACGGGGGCUGUCCCUUCUGUCCGGUGUCUCGAACGAUAUUCAAGCCCAAGAAGGGCCAAAUUUGGUCAUCCCCAUUGCUAUUUUGCGCCUUCCUACUCCCGAUGCCCCUAACCUUGCGUCUGUCGGCCCUACCAGUCAACCGGAUUCUCAAGGACCUCUCACGGUGGAGCACAAGCAAAUUGCCCGCUGUCUUGAUGCCGGUGCUAUGGAUGUCUUGACCACCCCGCUAGAUCGGUCGCGGAUCCAAGGGCUUGUGGUUCAUGCCUACCGCACCCGUAAAGCGGCUCAGAGAGAGAUGUCCCGGUUCCUCGCACGGAGAAAGCAACGAAAGCUUUCUUGGGUCGGCGUGCAUGAUGAGCAGCCAUAUUCUUAUCUAAGAGAAGCCAUGGUUUCAAAGCUCAUGAAAGGAAUUUGCAACCCAGAAGAAGUCAUACAUGAUGAAUUCCAAGAGCUGGAUCUCAACGUUGAUCCCGCGCGUAUCCCUUUUGUCAGAAAAGAGGUAGGCAGUUGGAAUUUCUGCGCUCACGAGUUCACUGAGGACGAACUGGUCUUUGGCGCUUGUGAGAUGAUACAACAUGCUUUCACUAUGCCAGGACUGGACCCCUGGCGGUUGACCCCCGAUGAAUUGCAAACUUUCCUUCUCAGCUGCCGCGCCGCCUAUAACUCCUUCGUGCUUUACCACAAUUUCCGCCAUGCGAUUGAUGUACUGCAAUCCGUCUUUUGCUUCCUGCUCCGCAUUGGUGCCUUGCCUCCAUAUCAAUCAAUUGGUCAAUCUCCUGUCCCCGAAACUCCCAUCACCUCCCUUCUCACGCCAUUCGACGCCCUUACCCUCCUUAUCUCGGCCAUUGGUCAUGACGUUGGCCACCCAGGCGUCAACAAUUUUUUCCUCGUCAAACUCAACGCACCUCUUGCUCAACUCUACAAUGACAAUUCCGUCUUGGAAGCGUUCCAUUGCGCCGCCUUUUCCCAGAUUUUGCGUCGGCACUGGCCUGCGGCAUUCAAGGACAAUCAGCUGCGAAAGCUCCUCAUAAGUUCUAUCCUGGCCACAGACAUGGGUGUGCACCAGAAGUUCAUGCAGCGAAUGGGCUCAUUCCAAGAAAAGUUCUACGAAAACAACCAAUCUGUUGAUGGCUGGAAGCCUCAAGAUGUCGACAUGUACAAGACUCUCAUUUGUGGAUUAUUGAUCAAAUGUGCCGACAUCAGUAACGUGGCUCGACCGUGGGAAGUUGCAAUGAAGUGGACGCAAAUCCUGCAAGAGGAAUUUGCCAACCAGGGCGAGAUGGAAAGGGAGGUUGGAAUGGAAACCGCACUGUUUGGCGGGCCGCCCGAAUUAGGGAACAUCUACAAACUGGCUACUGGUCAAAUUGGAUUCAUGUCGAUAUUCGCCCUGCCACUCUUUGAAGGCAUUUCCGACCUUCUGCCCCAGUUGCAGUUCGCUACAGACCAUAUCCUUCGCAAUCAGGCACGGUGGCAAGAACUUGCUAACGAAGAGCUGAAGAAGCAAGGUCUUCCAAUUGAGAAACGGGCCGAGGUCACUGUUUCGCCUCGCUCCCGUAGCCCUGCAGCUUCUGACCAACUCUUCAAUUCAGGAGAUGGCGCAGCGGAUAAUCCAGACUCUGAUGGAUACAACGAAAACACCAUUGAACCAGUUGUGUCGCCAGAUACUUCAGGUCCUCAGAUCGAGAUUACAGGAAGUGCCCUAGCGCCGGUGGCUGAAUUUUCAUCACGGAAAUCUUCUAAUGCCAUCCCGGACCUUUCUUGUUUCUCCAUCCCAGGAGCCCCGGAGUCUGCCCGUGGGUCUAUCUCGACACAGCUUCAUAGCCCUCUCACAGAAGCAAGCCCCGUUACCGACGAUCCUGCUAUUUUAGCCGCCGUCUUGUAUGCCAACUCGGCCUUCGGUAAUGGGAAUUCACCAGUGGGGCGUGGCCAUACUUUCGGGGCUGCCGAGAGACCAAGCAGCUCCCGCCAAGGUCUUUCACAUGGUUCUCAACGCGGCUCCGAACGCCACCAUGCGCAGCACAGCUCCUCUGCCCGUACGGGCUCUAAUCGCAAUAGUUGUACACGGACGCAAAGCACUUACAGCAACACCAUGACACCUAUAUCUCCCGCAACUAAUGCCUCGAGCUUUUUAGCCGUCGAUAGCGGCGACGAAAAGCGAGGCUCCGGGGAAAGUGCCGCGCCAAGUGAUAUUGGAGGACCUGAGGACAAUAGCACACGUCCCAGCACAGCGGACGUGUAUCCUUCAGGUUUAACAGCAGGCGGUUUCAGCCCCGGUCGCAACUCUAUCGCUCGUAGUCAAGCUCGAUCCGAAGAUGGCACCAGCAAAGACUUCUCCAGGCUGGAAGCCCCUGGGACCCGCAGCACGACUCAUUCAACGACUACUGGCGAAAGCAUCAAAAAUGAAGCUCCUCCAGCGGAUGACUCUCAUGGUCAUCAUAGACUUCCUAAGCGGAGGAGUCGGCUUCGACUUGCUUUUUGGAAGCGUCGUAACCAUUCGCACGAGGUCCCCGGUGAGACAUGA